AUGAUCAGGUUCACAGUCUUCAAAGGAUCUCCUUCUGGAGAUAUAAUCCAAGAUGAAACCACAACUCCUGCUGUGAAAGCCAACGAAGUCCUCCUCAAACACACUCACUCUGGCGUCUGCGGAACUGAUCUACACUAUCUCCAUACAUCGAUGGUCCUCGGUCACGAAGGCGUAGGUAUCGUCCAAGCACUGGGAGAAUCGGUGACUAGUUUCGAACGGUAUGUCCCCAUUGAAUGCUCUAUCCAGAAAUUUGUUGUCUGAAGAAAGAAAAGUGGCGACCGUCUAGGAUUCGGCUAUACAAAAGACGGCUGCGGUACCUGCAAACAGUGUCUGAAAGGUUACACCUUUCAAUGCGAGUCUUCUCCUCGCUACUUCGCAGGCACCGAUCUAGACCAAGGUUCCUUUGCGGAGUACUCUAUGUGGCCUUCUACCCGUCUCGUCAAACUUCCCAACGAGAUAGAAAGCGCGGAUGCAGGACCGUUUAUGUGUGCCUGUCAAACGGUCUUCGUUCCCAUGCUGAGGAAUGGAUUUAAGAAGGAUGACAGGGUUGGAAUUAUUGGAAUUGGUGGAUUGGGGCAUUUGGCUAUUCAGUUUGCGAAUGCUUUUGGAUGUGAGGUGGUUGUGUUUUCUAGUAGUGAUAAUAAGAAAGAGGAGGCGAUGAGAUUCGGGGCUAAAGAGUUUUGGAAUACGAAGAACUUGAAGGCGGAGGAUGUCAAGAAGCUUCACCAUUUAGUCGCUACUACCAGCGCGCAACCAAAUUGGGAAUUGUAAGUUUGGAAUAUCCCCCCAUUCAUACCUUGACUGACUUCGACCAAUUCAGGUAUGCCGAUCUCAUGGCGCCCUUCGGUCAUAUUUACCCUCUUACAAUUGCGGACGGAAACCUCAGUUUCCCUUACCUUCCGCUUGUUUUGAAAGAGCUAUCCAUCCAUGGAAGUUGUUCUUCCAGUAUCGAGUAG